CCAACAGUCGGUUGACUUGAGUAUAAGAUGAAGUCAUUCACCUUUUUCGCCGCGCUUCUUACCGUCUGCUUUCUGAUCAUCCAUGAAUGCGACGCGGGGCAACGGAAGACAUCAAAAGCCAGAGCCAUGUGGAGAAAGACUUUUUUCAUACUAGGGGUGAAGAAAGCCGCAUCUGCUUUAUGUCGUAAUAUAUUGUCUGUGGAGACAUCUUGCAGGUCUUGUAACUGUCAGGCGCCGGUUAAUUAUAGUUGUCGAAAAUUGUGCGCCAUCAGAGAAGAAAUCAGAAAGUGUGCCACAGAGUUGUUGUGUCCACCAACAACGACGGAAUCGACCGCGGCGUCCACAGCGACCACGGCUGCUACGGCAACGUCGACAACAACGGCAUCAACUUCAGCAACAACGGAAUCAUCGUCGACAACAACGGCAUCAACUUCAGCAACAACGGAAUCAUCGUCGACAACAACGGCAUCAACUUCAGCAACAACGGAAUCAUCGUCGACAACAACGGCAUCAACUUCAGUAACAACGGAGUCAACGUCGACAACAACGGCAUCAACUUCAGCAACAACGGAAUCAACGUCGACAACAAUGAUAUCAGCGGAAACGACAACAGAAAUGACAUGUGGAGGAUUCUGUGUUGGGGGAUUCUGUCCAUUCCCAGCAGUGGGCACCUGCUCCGGGGACCUUACCUGCUGCAGCGUGGUCUGAGUAGACGGGACGAGAUUGAAAGGCACGCCGAGAGGCAGAGGACAUUGCAUGACGAGGUGGAUGGAUGGAGGAUUGGACGAGGAAGAUGGAUCAAGGGUAGAACAGGCCGCUGUGAAGAUGAAGGACAGAUGACAAUGUGAUGCCAUGACAUUUAACGGUUGGACAAGUUUCGUCAUUAAGGACAGCAAUGACAUUGCGCCUUUCAAAACGUUGACUAGAACUUGUGACCACAGAAUCUGUUCAGCUGACACGCCAUCUUUCCGGGGAAAGAGAGUUAACUGACUUUACAAGUCCAGUUUCCAC